AAAUAAUUGCCUAUCGAGAAAUUAUCUGAUAAACGUUUCGUCAUAAUAAGUAUUGCAAUAAAUUAAAUUGAAUGAAUAGUGCAGUACAUAAUUGGUUCCAAGAGUAACAACUUGCUGGAAGUAUAGGUUGUUGUAGAGAUUCUUGACAAUUGAAUACUAACUUAAAAUUAUAUUUUAAAAUAGUUAAAUAAAGUGUAGACUGAUAAAAAAUGAGCGCCAGUCAAAAAAUAAAUCCAGAUUUAGCGAAAGAGAGGAAAAAGUGUUCUUUCAAUACUUCAGAGUUAACUCAUUUGUUGGAUGGGGGCCCGAGAAAAACACAAGAAAGAAAAGAAAGAGAAAGAUUCUUCCUUGAAGACCCUGAACUAAGAUCAAAAGUGCCCCUAGAAUAUUUAAGUCACAAAGAGAAAUAUGAAGAAGCUGUUCGGAAGGCCUGUUUACUUUUUAAAAAAGUCCAACAAUUACAGAACGAGGGAAAAGGAGGAAUGGAAAAUUUUCGCGAAAUUUUGGGAGGGCAAUUGGGUUCAGCUAUCUUGGGAGAUGGAAAUCCUUUAACUUUGCACUAUGUGAUGUUCAUCCCUACUUUAAUGGGACAAGGAACCUAUGAUCAGCAAGCUGAAUGGAUACAAAAAGCAUGGGAAUGUAGCAUUAUUGGAACAUAUGCCCAGACUGAAUUGGGCCAUGGAACAUUUAUUAGAGGACUUGAAACUACUGCUACAUAUGACCCUAAAACGGAAGAAUUUGUAUUAAACAGUCCUACGCUGACUUCUUACAAAUGGUGGCCAGGAGGAUUGGGCCAUUCUGCCAAUUAUGCUGUAGUAGUUGCACAAUUACACACCAAAGAAACUUGUCACGGGAUCCACUCAUUUGUGGUGCAGCUCAGAGACGAAGAGACGCACAUGCCCCUGCCAGGCAUCAACAUUGGAGAAAUCGGUUGCAAAUUGGGCAUGAAUAGUACUAACAACGGUUAUCUGGGGUUUGAAAAUGUUAGAAUCCCUAGGACUCAUAUGUUGAUGAAAAAUUACCAAGUUUUAUCUGAUGGUACCUAUGUGAGUUCUCCUAGUAGCAAACUAACCUAUGGAACAAUGAUAUUUGUUAGAGUAGUACUUGUACAAGAUGCAGCUACAUAUCUUAAGAAGGCCGCUAUCAUUGCCACAAGAUACAGUGCUGUUAGAAGACAAUGUCAAAUCAAACCAGAGGAUCCUGAGACACUAAUUCUAGAUUAUGUAACCCAACAGCACAAACUAUUUCCUAAUAUUGCCACAUGUUUUGCUUUCCAAUAUGCAGCAAACUGGCUUUGGGACAUUUACAAUGACAUAAACUCACAAAUGGAAUCUGGCAAAAUGGAUAAUUUACCAGAGCUUCACGCAACAGCUUGUGUUUUGAAAGCUGUAAGUACUGCAGAUGCUGCCUUAGGAGUGGAAACAUUGAGGCUGGCUUGCGGAGGACACGGAUACAUGACAGCAUCCAACUUACCCUCAACUUACGGACUUGUAACCGCUAUGUGUACUUAUGAAGGAGAAAAUACUGUACUUCUAUUGCAAAGUGCCAGAUUUUUAAUAAAAGUUUGGCAAAAUAAGAAGAAUUUAGGCAAUUUGCCCACUGUUAGAUAUCUUGAAACUGCUUCGCAUAAACAAAUUCCCUUCCAGAAGAGCGUUGAUUGGAUUAUAGCUGCUCUACAAAAAACUUCUGCAAGCAAAAUUGGACUAGCCAAUAAUCACAUCAAUGAUAGAAUAAGGAAGGGCCAAGCAGCCGAGGACGCAUGGAAUAAUACUUCUAUUGAAUUAGUUGAAGCUGCUGAUAUUCAUGGGCGCACAUUUAUAGUUCAGACAUUCUAUGAAACUGUGAAGAGGCUCGAUGUUUCUCCAGGACUCCGGACUGUUUUAAAUAAACUAGUUGAACUUUAUGCUGUUACACAAGCUUUGAAAUUAUCAGGACACCUUUUAAGAUUCAUAGAUAUUAAUGGACGUAACAUAGAAGCCCUGCAAGAAUGGCUUGAAGAGCUGCUAGCAGCAAUCAGGCCUGACGCAGUGGGCCUAGUCGACAGUUUUGACAUUCGCGACGAAGUUAUUGCUUCCGCAUUGGGUUCCUAUGAUGGAAACGUAUAUGAACGACUCUUUGAAGCCGCCCAACAGAGUCCCCUCAACGCCGAGCCAGUUAAUAAGUCAUUUAAUCAAUACCUAAAACCUUUCCUCAAAUCCCAUAUGUAAAAUACUCUAGUUAUAAGUUUUAAAAAAAAUUUAGUUGUAUUUUUUUUUCAAGGUUUUUGUUAUCAUUUACUUAUGUAUUGUUUAAUUGUUAGAGAAACUUUUUUAUGUAAGCAUAAUUUAAAUCUAGGUUGAAUUAUUGAGUCCAGUUUAAAGUAGGCUUUAUAUCAUAUACAUAUGGAAUUUGAAAUAUAUGGCAUGCAUUUACUCGACAGCUGAAUCUUUCCAAUUCACUAAGACAAAAGUGUAAAUAUUCAAAAAUAAAAUAAAUGUCUUGCUGAUUUGUACAUAUUAAAUCUAGUUAUUAUUAUCUCUUACAUUCCAAAGCACGUUACAAUCAUUAGAAGUAUGCACAAUUUUGCUUUUCUGUAGUAGUUGCAUAAGCGCAAUUAACAAAUUUUCAGAUUUAUAUGUACAAAUUUUAAUUCAACUGCACUAAGUUAUGUAGUUUGGUAGUUAUCUUUAUAUCCAUACUCUAUUACUCUAUGGAAAGUAUUUUGUAAUCCAUCCGCAUUCCACGCAUUUUAUUUUUAUAUGAAAAUAUAUAUAUAUUCUGUUAUAA